AUGCCUCCCAGUAACCUGGCUUUAAGGAACCUGUGUGAGACCUUCUUACAAGAGAGAAGUCAAAACAUUUCAGCAGGGUCUGAGGAGUUCUGCAGUCUCCACAAUGAAGAACUCAAGCUCUUCUGUCUGGAGGAUAAAGAGCUUUUGUGUUUAGUGUGUCGGGAUUCACGAAGACAUAAAAAUCAUGAGUGCUGUCCUAUUGAAGAAGCUGCAGAGGACAGGAAGAAGGAACUCAAGGCUGCACUGAAAACUUUACAGGAGAAGCUGGAGAUGUUUAAGAACUUUAAAUCAAGCUUCAAUAAAAUGGGAGAGCUCAUUAAGCACUUUGACACUUCAAUGAAAAGGGAUCCUGUUGUCCUCUCAUGUAGUCACACUGUCUGUAAGGACUGUCUACAGCAGCUCUGGAAAGUCAAUGGAUCUCCACAGUGUCCAGUUUGCCAGAGACAAAACCUAACGACUCCUUCAACCAAUGUGGCCUCAGAGAACCUGUGUGAGACCUUCUUACAGGAAAGAAGUCAGAGAACUUCAGCAGGGUCUGAGGAGUUCUGCAGUCUACAUAAUGAAAAACUCAAACUCUUCUGUUUGGUGGAUAAACUGCCUGUAUGUUUGGUGUGUCGGGACUCAAGAGAACAUGAAAAUCACAGUUGUUGUCCCAUUGAUGAACUUGUAGAGAGCCGCAAGGAGGAACUCAAGUCUGCACUGAAGACUUCACAGGAAAAGCUGGAGAUGUUUAAAAACUUUAAAUCAAGCUUCGAUAAAAUGACAGAGCACAUCGAGAAUCAGGCACAACAGACAGAGAGACAGAUUAAGGAGGAGUUUGAGAAGCUUCACCAGUUUCUACGAGAUGAAGAGGCAGCCAGGAUAGCUGCACUGAGAGAGGAAGAGGAGCAGAAGAGUCAGAUGAUGAAAGGGAAGAUUGAGGAGAUGAGUAGAGAUAUAUCAUCUCUUUCAGACACAGUCAGAGCCAUAGAGGACGAGUUAAAAACUGAAGAUGUCCUAUUCUUACAGCACUUUGACACUUCAAUGAAAAGAGCCCAGUGCACACUGCAGGAUCCACAGAUGAUUUCAGGAGCACUGAUCAAUGUGGCAAAGCACCUGGGCAACCUGAAGUUCAGAGUCUGGGAGAAGAUGCAGAACAUUGUUCAAUACACUCACGUCAUUCUGGACCCCAACACUGCACAUCCAGGACUCAUCCUGUCUGAGGAUCUGACCAGUGUGAGAUUAAUUUGCCAUGUAGAUCCUCAGGCAGGUGACAAAGUACGUUUAGACGUCCCAGAUCUUCCCGAUAAUCCAGAGAGAAUUGAUAAAUGCCCUGCUGUGCUGGGCUCCGAGGGCUUUAACUCAGGGACACACUGCUGGGAUGUUGAGGUCGGAGACAGUAAAGCCUGGAUUCUGGGUGUGAUACCAGAGUCUGCCCAGAGAAAAGCAAGUGGGGUAAACAAAAGCUGGGCAAUAGCAUUUUUAAAAAAUAUCUAUGGAGCAGGCUCUCCCAAAAAACAAGACAUUCCUCUCAAGGUGAAAAAGAAAAUCCAGAGAGUCAGAGUGGAACUCAACUGGGACAGUAGAACACUGUCAUUCUAUGACUCCCUAAAUAAUACACCCAUACACACUUUCACACACACUUUUACUGAGAGAGUCUUUCCAUUCUUCUCUACUGCCAGUGGACAGUGCGCUCCUGUCAUUCUGGACCCAAACACUGCACAUCCAGUUCUCAUCCUGUCUGAGGAUCUGAAGUGUUUGUGA